AUGUCUUCCUCCAAGAAAAAUUACAAAGAGAAGAUGAUUCGUCGCAAAGAAGAGAAACAAGAAGAACAAGAACUUCCAAAAUAUCGAGAUCGAGCCAAGGAGCGCAGAGAAGAUCAAAAUCCUGAUUAUGAGCCAACUGAAUUCGGAGCGUUUCAUGCUGUGGCUCCUCCUGGGGCUGUUGAUCUACGGUCAGCUGAUGCGCAAAAAAUAUCUAUUGAGAACAGCAAGUAUCUUGGAGGUGACGUGGAACACACACAUUUGGUGAAAGGAUUGGACUAUGCCUUACUUCACAAGGUAAGAAGUGAGAUUGACAAGAAGCCAGAUGUGGGUGAAGAGACUGAUGGAAAGUCUAGAGUACCGAAGGAUGACCAACCAGUGUCAUUUCGCACAGCAACUGCAAAGUCGGUGUAUCAGUGGAUUGUCAAGCCCCAAACUAUUAUCAAGUCAAAUGAGAUGUUUCUUCCUGGUCGAAUGGCAUUUAUUUUUAACAUGGAGGACAAUUUUUCUCAUGAUAUUCCAACUACUCUGCAUAGAAGCAGAGCAGACUGCCCAGUUCCAGAGGAAAUGGUCACUGUCAGCGUUGAUGGUUCUGUGCUGGACCGUAUUGCUAAAAUUAUGUCAUAUCUCCGCCUUGGAUCAUCCGGGAAGGUUCUAAAGAAAAAGAAAAAGGAUAGGGAUGUGAAAGGGAAGAUUUCUGCUGUUAGCAAUGAAUAUGAUGAAGAUGAGAAGCCAUCACAGCCUGAUGGUGGAAUAUCAAAACAAAAGACUGAAAGAGAGUCCACACUACCACAGCCACUGCCUCGCCAGAACAAUCUUGAUUUCAGAGAGACACAGGUCCCGAGUGUUGCUAGAGCUGAAGAAGAAGACAUUUUUGUAGGGGAUGGUAUUGACUAUGCCAUCCCCAGUAAAGAUAUGAGCCAAAGUCCAAUUUCGGAAGAUAUGGAAGAGUCUCCUCGAAAUAGGGAGAGACAACCAUAUUUCAGUGAACCUGCUUAUGGCCCAUUGCCACCACCUGAACCUCUGCAGGAUUGGCAUCAAACGAAUGGUUAUGAUACAAUGCAGACACAAGUAGUGGCAGGUGGCUUCCAAGGGGAGUGGCAGGACUACCAGUAUGCUGAACAACUGGCAUAUCCUGAACAGUAUCUCCAGGAAAAUAUGCCAACCUAUGAUGUGCAGGCAGGCAUAAAUGUGCCACAUGACCCUCGCUUCAUGACUCAAGAAGAGAAGGAUCGGGGCUUAGGGUCAGUUUUCAAGCGCGAUGACCAAAGGCUUCAGCAACUUAGAGAAAGGGAUGCUCGUGAGAAGGAUCCCAAUUUCAUUUCUGAGAGUUAUUCUGAAUGUUAUCCUGGGUACCAAGAAUAUAAUCGUGAAGUUGUGGACAGUGAUGAUGAAGACGACUUGUCAAAAAUGGAUAUGGGUGGUCGGGCAAAGGGUCGUCUUCAUCGGUGGGACUUUGAGACAGAGGAGGAAUGGGCAACAUACAAUGAGCAGAAGGAAGCAAUGCCAAAGGCUGCAUUCCAGUUUGGUGUGAAGAUGCAAGAUGGUCGCAAGACGAGGAAGCAAAACAAGGACCAAAAGCUCACCAAUGAGUUGCACAAAAUUAAUAAGAUCCUUGCAAGGAAGAAAAUGGAGAAGGGUGAGAUCCAUGAUGAUGGUGGGAUGUACGAUGAUGAUGAUGAUAAGCAACCUGGAAAGAAGCUUCGAAUAUAAAUCUUGGUGAUUAGGUUCUCUAAAAUAUAUAGUACUGUUCUUUGUU